AUGGGUAAACAUGAAAGCAAGGAAUAUUCACAUUUUUCAAAUGACGUUUUAUGGGAAAUUUUAUCAUUUCUCGAGAAGGAUUACAAAUUUCAAAUAUUUUCGUUCGGUUUAGUUUCGAAACAGUGGUAUGCUUUCAUAAAAGAACGACUGAAAUUUUCAGUGACAUGUGGAAAUGAUAAGAAAUUGAAAGGUGACUUUCUACAAAAUAUUACAAGUUGUAAAGUGAUGAGAAAAAGUGAAAAAGUGAAACUGAGGAUUGAAAAGUUGAAGAAUUUGACAUAUUUGGAUAUUAGUGAGAAUUAUAUUUUUGAUAAAUUGGUCAAUUGGGGAAAAUCUUUUGGAAAAUUGGACAAAUUGACCCAUCUCAAUAUUUCAAAGAAUCGAAUUGAAAGAAAAGGAAUCAAAUAUCUUACCCGAAUGAAACAAUUAAGAAUUUUGGAUAUUAGUUGUAAUAAUAUCGAUUAUUGUGGUCUUUUCCUUAUUUGUAACAUGAACCAAUUGACCAAUCUAAAUAUCAGUCGGAAUUUUAUCAAAGAGAAAUCUAUUUAUCUUGUUGAUUUGAAUCAAUUAACAACUCUCAUUGUGAGACAGAAUGAUAUUACACAAGUUUCAUUUCUUUCAAACUUUACAAAAUUGACUAAUUUGGAUGUCAGUCAAAAUCUUAUUGGAAAUGAAGGAAUUAAAUUUGUGGGAGAAAUGAAACAUUUAACAUGUCUUAGGGCUUGUUCGACUGGAUUUGAUGAAGAAGGAGCAAAAUGCAUUGGUCAAUUGAGCCAGUUGACUUGUUUGGACGUUAGUCAUAAUAGUAUUAAGAAUCAGGGAGUUGAAUUUAUUAGUCAACUGAGCUACUUGACAGAUCUUACCGUUAUUCAUUGUCAUAUAGAUCUUGAAGGUGUCGAAUUUAUUACUAAAAUGAAUCAGUUGACCAGAUUAGACAUUAGUCUCAAUCUUUUUGGAACACCUAAAAAGAUAGCUACGGAACUAUUGAGUGCAAAUAAGGAAUAUUUCAAUAUAUAA